CAGAACAAGCAACAUUAAACUCGUGUUGAAGAUGAGAAGAAACAAAGAGGCUACACUUCAGCUUUUAUCAACUCUAGAGAGAUUAUUUAGCGAACACGACACAACUCCUGCCUUUCUUCAUUAUAUCCUGGCUCUUGACUGUCAAUUCCUCUGUGAAAGCGAUCAGGAAUAGCGGACUUUUACCGUGUUCAUAUGUAAACAGGAAUAUUCCCAUCAGGCUCAAGUCAAGAGUUUACUGAAGGACAGCGAGAACAUGAGUGAUCAAGAACCCUGCAGAAUUAAAGAUGAAGAUACUGAACAACAAAUAGGCCUGAUGGAGGAGACACACAGUCCUGUCAAAGAGGGAGAAGAAACUGACUCACUGAAGAGAAAAGACAAAAACUGUUUCACCUGCACUCAGUGUGGAAAGAGUCUAUUACACAAAAAGAGUCUCCGGCAUCACAUGAUGAUCCACACUGGAGAGAAACCAUUCACAUGCACCCAGUGCGGGAAGAGUCUGGCAAACAAAAAGAGUCUCCGGUAUCACAUGAUGAUCCACACUGAAGAGAAACCAUUCACAUGCUCUGAGUGUGGGACCAGUUUCAGACAGCCCUCAGCCGUUAUUAGUCACAUGAUGAUCCACACUGGAGAGAAAACACACAAAUGUGAUCAGUGCGGCAAAACAUUUUUGAGAGCUUCACAGCUAAAGAAACACCUUAGAGUUCAUAUAAAGGAGAGGCCUUAUCCAUGCACUGUGUGUGGAAAGAGUUUCAGAGAUCAAUAUGGUUUAAGAAAUCAUCAGAAGAUCCACACUGGUGUGAGGGAGUACAUGUGCUUCGAGUGUGAGAAGACCUUUCAUACGGCUGUAAAAUUGAAAAUACAUGAGAGGGUUCACACUGGAGAGAAACCUUACAUUUGUUCAGUGUGCAGUAAGGGAUUCAGUCAAUUUGAAACGAUGAAAAUGCAUGAGAGGAUUCACACAGGAGAGAAACCUUACAAGUGUUCACACUGCGACAUGAGAUGCAGUAAAUCAGGAGAUCUGAGAAAACAUGAGAGGACUCACACUGGAGAGAAACCUUACAAGUGUUCACACUGCGAAAAGAGAUGCAGGGAUUUAGGACAUCUGAAAAUACAUGAGAGGAUUCACACUGGAGAGAAACCUUACACGUGUUCACUCUGCAACAAGAGGUUCGGUUAUUCAGGAAGCCUAAAAAAACACGAGAGGAUUCACACUGGAGAGAGACCUUACAAGUGUUCACACUGUGAAAAGAGAUUCAAUAGUUCAGGACAUCUAAAAUCCCAUGAGAGGACUCACACUGGAGAGAAACCUUACACGUGUUCACACUGCGACAAGAGAUUUAGUGCAUUAGAAAGCCUGAAAAAACAUGUGAGGAUUCACACUGGAGAGAAACCUUACACGUGUUCACACUGCGACAAGAGAUUUAGUACAUUAGACAGCCUGAAAACACAUGAGAGGACUCACACUGGAGAGACACCUUACACGUGUUCACACUGCGACAAGCAAUUCAGACACUUAGGACAGCUGAAAAAACAUGAGAGGAUUCACACUGGAGAGAAACCUUAAAAGCAGGGUGUAAUUCUUGCCAGGCAAAGCUCAAUCCAAUACUUCUGAAUUUGGUACUACGCCUCAUUAUGGUGGAUGAAUAUCUAAAUACAGUAUGUUGCGUGCUUUCUUUGUAAGAAGAAUUUUGUGUAAGAAGGCGCGCCAUUUCACAGAAUGCAACCUGCAGUCUCUACUUUUAUUCCUGUCAAUUUGGAUUAGAAAAAUCCAUCCUGCGAUUCCUGUCCAAUCAAAUCGCACAUAGAAGGUAAAUCGCUUCAUGUUGAACCACCUCAAGACAUGGACACUUUAUAAAUGCAGCAAACUGUUUGGAAGCAUUAAAAGGGUCCAAGAAGAUGUGCAAAUUCUUUACAGGCAUUGACCCAGAGACUGUUCAGAUGCAUGUCACUGAUGAGAAGAUGACGGAUGUUUGCUGUAUGAUGACCGAAAUGGCCUUAAACAGCCAGCAAGCACAAGACGUCAAGCAUGACGUCAGAUUGACGUUGUACCCCAACGUCAAGAGGACAUUACAUUUUGUUUGGAAAUUAAAAACGUCCAACCUCAAUGUCCAACCUAAAAUCAACCAAAUAUCAACGUUUAAUGUUUUCAUGGCUUGAUGUUGUGUGGAUGUUACUACUAUGACGUCUAUCAGACGUUGGAUUUUGGUUGCCAUACCUGAUGAAUAAAUGUCAGUAUUUGAUAUCA